UUUGUCCAUCAUCAUACCAGCUUUUCUCAGAAACUCAUCAGGAUCGCUGGAGCUUUGUCUGGUUGUUCGGCUGCUUCUUGAUGGCUUCAACAACUAGACUAAGCAUUCCCCAAUCACCAAGCCAUGACACUGUUUGGUGAUUUCAGUUCCUGAAGCGCACAAGGAGCGAGGAGGUCACCACAGGUCCAAAUCUUGCCGGAUCUACAUCAAUUAAAAGCCAGCCAGGUGUGGUGGUGAUUCUCUGGUUUUCACUGGUAAAAGGAACAAGGAGGAUUUGAAGAUCAAAUCCAGCCACUUGUCAUCGGUUACAAGCUACCACACUCCGAGUUACUCCCAUGUCUCCAUAAGGAUUCUGGAUCUUCACGAUUAAGCUUCAGUGACAACAAGACCAGCCAAGCAUCAAGUCUCUUCUUUUCAAGAUUUCUAUGAUGGUUUCAGAUUCAGAAGCGCAAAAGGUGGUUACCAAGAUUAACCUGGGCCUAACCUGCGGCGAGGAAGGUGCGCAAAAGGUGUUUCUUGCAGCUAUUUGUUUCUGCACACAUCUGAGAUAUUAGAUAGACAGUGAGGAAUUUGAGAACUAAGUUACCUGGAACGAUCACAUUAGCGAACCAUCCGAAAGCAGAGUACUCAUAUUGGCGAGCUAACCGGUGUGUCAGUGGCCGUUGCAAUGGUAUUGUGGAGAAUAUACAACUAGACCACCACGAAAUAGUGAAAUAUUAGCAAUUCUCGGAAAAUAAUGGCGGAGAUUGUGAUUUUUCUGACCAUUAAGAAGAUUGGAGUAGCCUUGGUGACUAGAGUGGUAGACCAGGCAAGCACACAGUUUGCGAAGAACAGGACACAACUGCUAGAGCUACAGGGCAACAUGGGCCGUGUUGCCAGUGAGCUUCACAUAAUGCAUGAUGUUCUGUGUCAAAUGGGCAUACAAAACCGUAACAAUCAAGUGUAUGAGGGCUGGUUGGAGGAGGCGAGGAAAGUAGCACAUGUGAUGGAGGAUGUAGUGGAUGAGUACUUGUGUCUAGUUGGUCGGGAACAUGAUAUAGGUUGUUGCUUUUUCCUGAAGAAAGGGUGCAAAAAGCCAAGAUCUAUGCUUUCUUUGAACCGGAUAGCUUUCAAGGUGAAGGAAAUAGAGAAAGACCUUUCACACUUGUCCGAGGCAAAAAACCGUUGGGUUCCCGUGACAAUUAAUGGGGAUACUAGCAACUUGAAUUAUAUUGUCAAGAGGUCCAAAGACCUGGCAAACUUCUCGCGUUCCCUUGAUGAAGAUCUAGUGGGAGUCGAUAAAAACAGAGAAAGACUUGAACAGUGGUUGGCAGGUGAUGAUUUGAAAUGCUCGGUGAUUGCGCUGCUUGGAAUGGGAGGGCUCGGUAAAACAGCUUUAGCUGCAAAUGUGUACAAGAAGGAGAGAGAGAAAUUCCAGUGCCACGCUUGGGUCUCCAUCUCUCAAACGUAUUCUAGAGAGGAUGUCUUAAGGAAUAUAAGUAAGGAACUUUCCAAAGAUAAUAAAACCAACAUUCUGUCAAACACUGCAGAUAUGGACAUCACAUGCCUUGAAGAGACAUUGAAGAAGUUUCUAGAACAACAUAAGUAUUUAAUCAUAUUGGAUGAUAUUUGGACUCCAGAAGCAUUUGAUGAAAUAUCUAGGGUGCUUGUUCAUAAUGAUAAGGGCAGUAGACUAAUAAUCACAACAAGAGAAGGCGAUGUUGCUGCACUGGCCUCUCGAGGACACAUCUUAACAUUGGAAGCUUUACCAGAAGACAAGGCAUGGGAUCUCUUUUGUAAGAAAGCCUUUCCAAGAGAUACAAAUCAUGAAUGUCCCGUGGAGUUGAAGUCUUGGUCUGAGGAAAUAGUUAGCAAGUGCAAAGGCUUGCCUCUUGUUAUUGUGUUAGUUGGUAGCCUUUUGCGUGUGCGUGAGAAAACCGUGGAAGAAUGGAGAAUAAUAAAUGGUCAGUUGAGUUGGGAGCUAAAUAAUAAUUCGAGGCUCGAUCAGAUAAGGAAUGUUUUGCAUCUAAGCUUCAUCUACCUUCCAACACACUUGAAAAGUUGUUUCUUGUACUGCAGCUUAUUUCCAGAAGACCAUCUUCUCAAAAGGAAGGAACUUGUAAGGUUAUGGGUAGCGGAGGGGUUCAUUGAGGGAAGGGGUGAAAGCACAUUAGAAGAAGUGGCAGAAUGCUAUUUGAAGGAGUUGAUUGAUAGGAACAUGUUACAACUUGUUGAGAGGAACUCGUUUGGUAGGAUUAAAGAAUUCAGAAUGCACGAUAUCUUACGUGAAUUGGCAGUUGACUUGUGCAAGAAGAACCGUUUUGGUGUUACAUAUGAGGAUAAUUGUGGGGGUUCUCUUGAGACGGAUGGACGACGAUUGGUAAUGCACAAACUAAAUAAGGAUGUUCAACAGUCAUUUUCUAGUAUACACCAACUUCGAACUUUCAUUACACUAGACAGUAGCAUGCUAUCAUCCACUCUACUACCUCUGCUAUGUAAGGAGUCAAGAUACAUGACAGUACUAGAAUUAAGUGGUCUACACAUUGAGAAGAUUCCAGAUGCUAUUGGUGAUCUUUUUAAUCUCCGCCAUUUGGGUUUGCGUAAUACAAAAGUGAAGAUGCUCCCAAAGUCUGUUGAGAAGCUUUCAAAUUUGUUGACGUUGGACCUUUCUCGAUCUGAUAUACAUGAGUUGCCUAGUGGGAUUGUGAAACUGAAGAAGCUUAGGCACUUAUUAGCUGAGAAAACAAUUGAUCCAUAUUGGAGAGGGUUGCAAUGUUGUCGUGGUGUGCGUGUUCCUAAUGGUCUUGGGAAUCUAAUAAAUUUGCAGACGCUGCAAGCAUUGGAAUUACAGGAUGAGUCUCUUAGACAUUUAGGGGUGUUGAGGCAACUAAGAAGCUUGAGGUUAUGGAAUGUGAAGGGAAUCUGCAGUGCACGCAUCAGUGAGUCUUUGUUUCAGAUGCAAUCUUUGUCCGACUUAUCCGUGAGUGCAAGUGAUGAAAACGAGGUUCUAUUGUUGAAUGUCCUCCUGCCAAACCUGCAAAAGCUAUGUUUGAGGGGCCGACUAGCGGAAGGGGCAUUGGAGGAGUCUCCUCUCUUGCAAGCUGCUGGGGGCAAGAACCUGCAUGAAUUGGUUCUAUCUUGGUCACAGUUGAGAGAAGACCCUCUGCCAUCUCUUUCUCACCUGUCAAACUUGACAUUUCUAGAUUUCACCAGAGCAUAUACCGGAGAGCAGCUGGCAUUUUUCACGGGGUGGUUUCCGAAGCUAAAGAUUCUCUAUCUAAUAGAUCUGCCUAAUCUGAAUCAGCUACAGAUACAACAAGGUGCCAUGGCAAGCCUGGAAAGAUUAUACUUAAUCAACCUCAGCAGCUUGAUGGAGGUCCCACCUGGCAUUGAGUUCCUUAUGCCCCUGCAGCGUCUAGUUUUUUAUGAAAUCAGCAGCGAAUUCUUGAUGCUGUUGCGCCAAUUUUCUGCAAUUGAUGGGACACAAUGGCAGCAUACUCUCCGUCGUUGACGUGCCACAGUGGUCGGCAAUGUGUCACCUGCUGGAAGGAAGAAAGAAGCUUCAUUACGUGUACAACCAGUGUUUCCUCUGUUGCUGAUCUACUAUACCGUCCGGGUUUUCUCUGAUGUUUCAAGAUGCACUAUGGCACCCUUGCUGCUACUUCCACCUCCACCUACAACUGCCUCCUGCUACUAUUGGUGUUGGUGUGCUUUUGCUUGUCAUAAUAUUUCCCUAUCGAUUGUUUCAAGCUGUGGCUUUUAAAACGCUUAUUGUAAGACUGAGACUGGGUCCUGUUUGCAUAUUCAGGAUACUUCUAUUUUGCAUGACCUGUUUGUAUUUGUGUGUGCUAGUUGUGAACUCCUCCCUCCGUUCACAAAUCGGAUGUAUAUAUUAUAGAUUUAUAGACACGUUUUAGUGUGUUUGUCCACUCAUUUCAGUCCAUAUGUAGUCCACAUUGAAAUACCCAAAAACAUCUUAUAUUUGUGAACAGAGGGAGUAUCUAUGUUGUUGCCUAUUUCAGUUGUGGUU